UUAUAAUGUCCAUGAAUAUUUUGAAACCACAACCAGCCACAACCUCACUUUUGCUUUUUAAAGUGGCAGUUUGACAGUGACAGCUCUAUGUUUUUGUUUUAUUUUUUGGCAAAAUGAUCGUGUUGAAUGGUGUAUUGUUAUUUUUAAUAUUUUGCACUACUGUUAAUGCGUAUCAAGUAAAUCUGACAUGCGAUAGCCCUAUAGUUUGGGGUGCCCCAUCGAAUUGCUCAGUUACUGUAUACAAUGACGAUAAUGUUCCAGAUGAUGGCAAAUUUGGGUAUAAUUGGGUGAAUGAUUUUAUACCACACGAUUCCAGGGAGGUAAAUACUGGACCAAGCACAGAUUCAUGGCUUGUAACAUACAAUACUUCAAUUAAUUUACCUGGACUUUAUGUAACUCGACUAGAUGUGUGUGUAUGGGAAUUCCUUGGUAUAUAUUGUAAACCACUAGGUUCUGUUGGUAUCACUAUUAAAAUUACAGACACAUUAAAUGGAAAGUUAAUAUCUUCACAAUCCGACAAAGAAAGAGAUAAAUUUAUAUCUUCAGAAGAUCCCCUUCAAAGUUCCGUAGAAUUGAAGGAAUCAGAUAAAAACUUUUUAUCAAAAGCGCCUACUGUACUCUCCUAUUGGUUCGUGGAUUGCAUUUACUAUGGAAUUACCAGCGAUUUGCAGUUUGAUUAUAAUUUCACCAAACCCGAUGAGCAGCACGUUAUUGAAGCCUUGGUAGUGGCUGAUUUUACACCACUACCACCUCCUACAACAACUACUACAACACAGAAGCCUACUACAAGCCCAAAUGUAACUACAACAACAAGUACAACCACUACACACAAACCUAAACCUACCAAUGGCACUACCAUCAUCCCUAAAACUUCCGUUAAGUCUACAGUUAGACAUAAACGAGAAAUUCUUACGAGUCCAGCGCCUACAUUAGUUGGAACAAAUAAUAGCUCAACUAUAAGGAUAUGGCAAAAUGGAACGUUGGUGCCAUACAAUGGUACAUUUCCAUAUGUUUGCAAUAGUACUUUUGUGGUUACAGAUCACAAAAAGGUUUAUGGUUAUUUUUCCAAAACUGUUACAACCAAAGCUCCUAUAACUAAGGUUAAUGUAUCUGGUACAAACUGGUUGAAGCACGAACAGCUUCUGAACCUAAACGUAAAAUGUAGUGGCUCAGGACAAUUGAAGUAUUGCUUAAAAUUCAUACCAGGAAUAUAUAAUGUUACUGGGAAUGAAACGUGCGAAACCUAUGAUGACUUGAAUGAAUGCAAUUUUAACAUUGAACGCUAUUUUCAUGGUGCUGAAAAACAUACCGUGCUCAUUAUUAUUAAAAACGAUGUCAGUAUUAAAGUAACUUCAGUUACUGUAACUGUAUAUAAAGUAAAACAACAAGCUCAAUUAUCAGUUAUUGUAGUUCCUGUGGUUUUCAGCCUAGUAGCCAUUGUAACAGUAAUAUUUGGUGUUGCUUAUUAUCUACAGAAUCGUUCAAGGAUUAUUGUGGAAGUGGCCAACUUCGACUUUGGCAAACAAUACUCGGACAUGGAGUACAAGACCUUUAAAGACAGGUUAAAAGACUCGAUAGCGAACGCUUUCAGUCAGCCCUCCACCUCUUCAGAGUCUCAGGAUUGGUCGUCCGGCCACAAGUAUGGCAGCAUGACGUAAAAACAGUCGGUAACAUUCUAUCGAUAUUAUUUUAGUUUACCACAGAAAUGCUCAUUCAAACCAUUGUCCCACUGUUAAUACCAGAUUUUAUUUUGAUUUACUUGCGUUUUUUUUUGUAAUUUUUUACGUUUGUUUAGGGCUUUGAAUAAGAAGACUAAGGAAGGAGCAUAAUGCUAUCCAUGUAUUUAUGCAUGGUGGACGGAAA